CGAUUAUUACAAAUUCAGACUUUGAAAGUGAAUAGUGAAAAUGGCCCGUACCAAGCAGACUGCUCGUAAAUCGACUGGUGGCAAGGCGCCGCGCAAACAACUGGCUACCAAGGCCGCACGUAAAAGUGCUCCAGCAACCGGAGGCGUGAAGAAACCUCAUCGCUAUCGCCCCGGCACUGUUGCCCUCCGUGAAAUCCGUCGCUACCAGAAGAGUACCGAGCUGCUGAUCCGCAAACUGCCUUUCCAGCGUUUGGUUCGUGAAAUCGCUCAGGAUUUCAAAACUGACUUGCGUUUCCAGAGCUCGGCAGUAAUGGCACUCCAGGAAGCUAGCGAAGCCUAUCUGGUCGGUCUCUUCGAAGAUACCAACUUGUGCGCCAUCCAUGCCAAGCGUGUCACAAUCAUGCCCAAGGACAUCCAACUGGCCAGACGUAUCCGUGGCGAGCGUGCUUAAGUUGAUAUUUCUUCGUCAGGCGCAUAUAAAUUUCAUACAAAUCGGUCCUUUUCAGGACCACAAAAUAAUUUUCAAUGAGAUUUUUUAUUUCUGCAUACUCGUACUAUUUUUCCCAAAUAAAAUAUUUGUAAUUUUGUCUUUGCUUUGUGCUAGAGCGUUGGUUUAGAUACAAAACAGAAUUGGGAGAAUACCGUAUACGAUCCGUAUUAAAUGUAUAGUUAGACGAAUGUUUUGACAUCUUCGGGUUUUUCAUUAAAGAAUUUUGCUGAUUGUAAGAAUUCUAAAAGGGGGACAACAUUUGUGUAUGGUUAAAUUGCGGCGAUAUAUAUAAUUUCUAUGUAUUUGGGAAAGAAAAAAUAUAUUUUUGUUGCGAGGUGAUAAACCUAUCAGAAACAAACAGCUAGAGCUGUGCAACUAGAAUAGAAUACAAACCCUUUUAACGUAAUUUUAGAUUUUUCCAAUGACCAAUAAAUUGCAUUUGAUA